ACAAACGUUGAAUCAGCGUCGGUGAGCAGCUACCUGCCAGCACAAAGUUUUUAUUUCCUACUCUGUUACCUAGCAACCGCUGAUGGAAACGCAACAGUGGCGGCGGAGUGGAGAUGAGUGAGUGAUUCCAGAAAGUAAAUGUGUAUACACAGCUGUAUUAGCCGUUAGGAGACUGAGGGGAGCUGCAGUAUGGAGUGUACAUGAAGUACUUGGUGCCAUCUGUAGGCCACCAGGAAAUCUUCUCUUCAUAUAAAACAUAGAAAAAUCAUCCAGACAUUGUACAUUUAUAAUGGCUCUAACAUACAUAAAAGAGAAAAGAGUUUCUCCAAAGCAACUUCAGCUCAGUGUAUCUCAACACCAGACAUUGUUUUCCAGACAUUUUUCCCAUUAAUAAUUCCAUAAUUUCAAUCAAGUAAAAAAUAAAAAUAUUUUCCUGCUGUUUGUUUGUUUUUAUCCAAAACAGAAGAUGUUUUGUCAUAUUUAGGAAUGUGGAUUAAUCCUGGUGUAAUUUGCUAAUUGCCAAUCAACUGCAGUGAUUAUGUAUUGAUAGAUGGCAGAUGUUCAGAGCCGUGUCCCUGUGAGGUCAAAGGGGAAAUGAUGAUGCAGAAGAAAAUUCUUAAAAGGAGUAAAUCAAAUCUUUUUGGCUGUAACAGUCAGACCAUCAUCACGGUUUGCUGCUGUACAGGGAACAGCUGAGGAAGAAGUGUUCACUUUGUUAAGGACCGUGUUCCUGAACAUUUUAUUUUGUAUUUUACUCACAGGACAGCCGUCUGAACUUGUUCAAUCUAAAUUGGGAAAGGGUUCAAACUGCUCCUGAAAUCUCUUCUCCCUCUGUGGGCCAGUAACACAGUAAUAAAGUCCUGGCGCCAAGCACCACAGUUGCUAAGUAACGUUAUUAAACAAGAGGAACCUGGACUUUCUGUGUUUGGUGGAGGAGAGACUGGGGAAAUGUUCAUUCCUGACCUCUUCCUCAACUAUCCUCUGGUACCAGGUAAUUUUAGGGAAUAUUCUCUUAUUCUUAUUACAUUUUAUGAAGAUUUUAUUUUUUCCAGAUUGAAAAUGUCAUUAUUAGAUUAAUCACUAGGUGGUAACAGUGUAACUGUUGUUUCUGUCACAGACAGAAAGGCUCGAGGUAAACGGCUGUUUUGUGGACAUGGAUUUUAGUUUAAGCCAAAUAUUCUGAUAAGAUGUAAUUUAUUAAAAUUUAAAAUGUAGUCAUUCCAAGCGCUAACAUCUAAGUUAAUUAUUGGUAAUUAUGUCUAUAACAUUACUACAACAUUAACUUCAGUGAAUUUGGACUGUGGGUGAAUUUAAUAUUCAUUAUAAAUAAAGAACUGUGUUAGAAAUUCACAUAAGUGACUUAAGUGUAAUUUAAUUUUUCAAAAGAAACUCCUGAUUAUUUGAAGUUGAUCUGUUUUCUGUUGUGGAUUAAAAAAAAAACAAUUUUUAACAUUAUUUACUGUAGGUCCCUGUGGACAAAGUCCAAAAUGUUGCUGGGUAUUUGUGAGACCAAUAACUCCUCCCCUUGUCUAAUAACUCCUGACCAGAUUCUUUUAGUACAACUACACUAAAUCAAUCAUUGCAUUUGGCCCGGUAUGUGUGUUAUCUAAUUGCAGGUAAUAAUUUCAUGCAAUAGCUUUCUAUAGGAGGUUAUAAUGGGAACAAGCACCAGUGGAUAACCUCUCUCAUCCUGAGGAUGAUGAAUGAGGCGAGAGAGGGCCUUGGGGUGUAACACAGACACAAACAGACACACACUCCUUUAGACAGGGAGGGGAGAAGAGAGCGCCGCCCUCAUCACACUUCCAACACUGCUCAACUAUCAUUUAUCAAAGUCCUGCUUUGACUCUUCACACACGGACACGUACACCAGUACAGUACAACCAUGUCUGCCAACACACACGUGUGAUGUUGGCUUCAACACACACGCACAGACACACACACACACACACACACGCCUGAAAGGAAGCAAACGGCUCAAUCAGUAGCUGGGUGAGGGAGCAUCAACACUCAUUUGUUUCUGCUGUAUUAUCCAGCGUCGCCUCUCUCUCCUAUUGUUCCCCUGCAUUAGCCUUAAUUAGAGAGUCAUGCUCUUAAAUACCCCCAUGGGCAACACCGGGUGAGCACGCACUCCUACAGACACAACACAAUGACACACACACACAGUGACACACACACAAUGCUCAGGCUCUCAUUCCUCAGAGAGCAUGCUUUCCUCACUGCCCUGGGCCAUACAUAAGCCCUCGUAUUUGAAUAAAUUACAUCACGCCCUGAACACACAUACUUAAACAUAAGUAUACACACAUUGAUUUAGAGAAGUACUUUGUUUUACUUUACAACAGUAAUAGCAAACAUUUAAAAGAAACAAAAGUGGUAUUUUUAAAUUGAACUUUUUAUUUUAUUUAAUAUUAAAUAUUAAGCUAUUCAAAUAAUAAACAUGUACUUUAAUUUGUGUGAAAAAUGUAAAAAAAAAAAGUAUGAAUAAUUGUGUAACCAAACAAAAACUUGUGCAAUGCAAUACUGUUGGGGACCCCAUGUGGGUCACUGACCCAAUGUUGAAAACCCUGUAAUCAAGUUUUUCUUGCCUUAAAAAAUUAGACUGAUUUGGCUAAAGCCCCUGUUGAGAUGUUGGACCACUUCCAACUUUCUACAUUUUCCAGUCACUUUUUGAGGUGUCCACAUUUUUUCUGUCUAAAUAAAGUUCUAUAAUAUACUUUUUUGAAUACAGAAAAAGCCUGUUAAUCUAUUUAGUAUUUCAGAAGGACUGUUUGCUCCAUGGAUAUACUCUGUUAAGGUGGACUGAUACAUUUGUAUAUGAUUCAUCUGUAUGAUGCAAGCUUCUCAGAUCAAAGGUUCUUCAAAGCUGAUUGUGUUCAUGCAGUCUUAUAACCCUGCCUUUGAUGUCGUACGGACUCAUCCACAUCUGGGUUAGAGUGACAUUUCAUCCAUUUUUAUUUCAUCUUGUUUUUUAAACUGUUCGUUAACUUCUGUGUUUUUAGUACCAUGCCUAAAGGGAAAAAGAAGAAGGGUAACGAGCUGACCCUUCAGGCUGCCAAAAAGGCAGUGGAGGUCACAGCAGAUGGAGUGCGCAGACUCACCCUCAGCAAAAUGCGUCUGACCAAAUUCCCUGACUGUCUCCUCAAACUGCCCAAUGUUGACGAGCUGGACCUCAGCAGAAACCUGAUCAAGGAACUUCCCAAAAACAUUGGGGACUUAAAGUCCCUCAAACUGCUGGACCUCCACACCAACAAACUGGAGUCUGUGCCAGAAUCUAUUGGGAACAUGGCAGCACUGACCCACCUCAACCUUUCUAACAACUACAUCACCUCGGAGGGUUUGCCCUCCACACUGGGCUCCCUCGCCAACCUCAAGACUCUCAAUCUGGGUUUAAACAAGCUGGACUCUCUGCCGUCCACCCUGGAGGCGUUGAAUAACCUCGAAGACCUGGGCCUGUUUGAUAACCAGUUCAUCAAUCUGCCGGAUUAUGUGACCACGUUACCGAACCUGAUUAAGAUAAACGUAAGACGCAAUCCUCUGUCCGGCAUCCAGGCGGAAGAACUGGAAAAAAAAGUUAGGAAAGACAGAAAGAAAAAAGGACGGAAAAAAGAAGACGGCAGCAUGUGUGGGAGUGAAGACUCCGAAGGAGACAGCGAGGUUGAGAUGGUGGAGGAGAAAAGGAGGUACGUCGGCCUGAUUGUGCCGAACUCGGUGGCUAAAGUCAAUCAGGACGAGUGGAGGAUACGCAAGACGGACCAGACGUGAGCACGAGGCUGUAACGUCUCGUACAUUUACAGGAUACAAACGUGGGCCGGUUCUAAGCAGUUGAACACAUUUUGAUCACGUGUCACGACUGGCCUGAAAAGGUGGCGUUGGACCUUUGGAACUGUGGGAGAUGGGACCAUACCACAGGGAAAAAACUAAUGGAAAACGAAGGGGAGACAGAGGGGGAGUACAAACGUUGUUUUCUUUUUUAAAGGUAACAGUUCCUUUGAUUAGGAAAGCAAUUGGCACACAUCUGGAGCUGACUGCUGAUUGGUCAGCAUCUCCAGUAGCUUCAGUGCUGCUUGAUUAGACUGGAAUAAUUGGUAUGCACAUGUGUUUAUUUCUGUGUGUGUGUUAUGUGUGUGUGUUAUGGUAAUGGAUCAGAAUUAGAGUUUUUUUUAAUUUCUCUUUUUUUUUACAAUGCAUCUUGUGUGAUUUUGGUUCGUUUGUGCUCUGCUAAAAUAAAUACAGUCAGUUCAACAGUUUACUUUUAUUUAA